GCCACCAUCACUACAAGGCAUCACUGCGCCCGUUCUCAUUCUCUGCCCACACCUGCUCACCUUUGCUUAAACUCAUUUAAAUACGCAGCUACACUUUAAGUCUUUCUCUAUUUAAACUCGGCAAAAAAGACCCUACACACACACACACACACACUGUGCCUCUCUUAUAUUGCCCAACUUCUGACGGUGGAAACAACGAUGGCGCCUUCAGUCCUGCAGAAUGGUGGAUUCAUUUUGGGUUUGGUUGGCGCUGCAGCCCUCAUCGCAGCGACUGUCAUGAACCAAUGGAGCGUCAAGGACCGGGAGGGGGAUGUUGUGACGUCCGUUUACACCUACAAGGGUCUGUGGCAGGACUGUGAGACCACUUCCUCCGGACUCACCGAGUGCCGCCCGCUCUACGGCCUCCUGGGCUUCUCAGGUGUGUUCCAGGCCGUGCGAGCCCUGAUGAUCGUGGGUGUGGUGCUGGGCGUCCUCGCAGCGGUGAUAUCAGUUUUCUCCCUGACCUGCCUCACUAUGAACAGCAUGGCAGACACCACCAAGGCGAAGAUGAGCCUCACCGCCGGCAUCAUGUUCAUCAUCGGCGGUGUGUGUGGCAUCGCAGGAGCUUCCAUCUACGCCAAUCAGAUCGUAGCCAGUUUCAGGAUUUCCAGCAACCUAAACUACGGAGGAGGAGGAGGAGGAUUCGGGGGCAACAUGCAGGGAGGGCUGGGAGGGAUGGGUGGAGGGAUGCCCAGAUACACUUUUGGCCCUGCACUGUUUGUGGCCUGGAUAGGAGGGGGCGUCCUGCUCAUUGGGGGUGUCCUCAAGUCACUGGCUUUCAAGGGGAUGCUGAAAGAUGAGAGAUCCCAUUACCCGGGGGUCGCUUACAAACCUCAGUCCCGCACCAAGACCGAUCAGCAUUCAGAGGACGGCAGGAAAGACAAGGAUUAUGUGUAACUUCCACGCACAGCUGUGUGUACAAUUUGUUUGCUAAGGUGCGUGCUGUUAGAUGUUCACAUGCAGCAUGCUUUUGUGUCGUUUCUUGCUUCAGGUGGCUUGUGAUGGGAGUUAAUAUUGUCUCACAUUGUAUCAGGAGUCCAACAUGUGUUUUCACACACACAUUUCCAUGGUUACCAGAUUUGCAAAAAAUCCUUUAUGUAAUUGAAGCUUUUUCUUUUGUACUUGAGUAAAAUCAUUAAAUUAUGUUGAAACACCGUGCUGUGAUAAAGUAUUUGUCCC